AUGCGAUUUUUGGUCACAUUCAUCCUCGGCGCGGCAAUUUUGACGACGACUUUGACGAAUAAUGGUGUUUCUUGUUCGGACGAUAUCGUCCAGAAAGAGGACGGUGGCGAUAUCGUCGUCCCGAAAGUGCACAUCAGUCGACAUUUCACCACGAGCGACUCAAAGACUGGGUUCCCGUUCGCGCUCGAUCCCGUGGUAAACGCGCUCGAAAAAAUGUUGAUUACAACAUCAUCCUCUUUCUCCGACGACGAUGAUAGAGACGAGGAAAAAGCAGAAGUAAAGGAGGCGUUUACUAAUAAGGAGAAUCCAAAAUACAAAGGGUAUUACUGUCCUUUCGUCGGCCACGCCAAGUGCGAGGAGACGGAUUCGCCGGAAAAGUACCACGGCGUGGACGCGUGGACGAUCGACGAGACGUUCGAAGGCGUUUCGCCACCAGAACACGUACCUUUGGGAGAGUUUGACCAGACGAGGAAAGUACCGUCGCCGUGGCGCGCGUUAGGCGUGAGAGAGAGAGAAGGCGAGAAGGCUUUGAAGGAGGUGUUGAGGCAGAGGAGGAGAGGCGGCGGCGGCGGCGGGAGUAGUAGUAGUAGCGAGGAGGAGGAGGAGGAUUCGUGGACGAGGAAGUACGAGAAUAAUAACAACGCGGAUUAUUUUUACGAGGAUGACGCGACGUCUUCUUUUGCUUCUUCUUCUUCCUCGUCGUCGUCGUCGUCGUCGUCUGAGGAGAAAAUCGAGGAGGCGUUCAACGCCGCCAUGCGCGUGUUGCAAUUUCACGAUUCGGACUUGGAACGCGUAAGAAGAAGUAGGAAGUAUAAGAACAAACACUAUCCUGGCGAGGAAGCCAUGCGAAUGGGCAUCGAACAAAGGUUUGGAAACAUCAAGACGGCUUUGCUUGAUUUCAUGAAAUUACUCAUCAGUUCGAAAGAAACGAAGAGUCCCAUGGAGGUUUACAUCGAGUUGCUUCAAAUGGGUAACUGUUUCCGGGCGAGAGGCGAGUUGGGCGACGCGGAUUACGCGACGGAUGCGUUCGAGAUGGCCUUGUUAGCGAAAGGCGUCGCCAGGACGCAAAACGUGGAAGUAUACAUAUUUUAUGGCGAGUUUAAAACGUACUUGAACGAGUUACCAGCGGCGAAAGCGUUGUUGCAAGAAGGCGUGAAGCAGGAUCCUCGCAAUCAACCGAUGUAUUUCGCGUUAGGUAACGUCUGCGCGAGUCAAGGUCAGUGGGAGGAGUCGAUCGCGGCGUUUGGGAAAGCGGUAGAACUCGCUCCGGGACACGAACGAUCGAGAGAGGCGUUGGAGGCAGCUAUGAAACACGCGGUUGGCUCGAACAGACGCAUGUACGCCGCUUUGUGUUUGUUGCUCUUAGCAGUUUUAGCGUGUUCUUCGAUGAUUAUUUUCUUAAUGGGCAGUAGUAGUAGUGGUAGCAAAGAGAAAAAGGCGAAAGACAAAGAGAGCAAAAAGCGCAAGUAA